UUGUGUCAGAGGGGGCUGAUGUGUCACUUACAGAUAACAGGGGAAGAGAUUGCCUGAUGUAUGCAUGUGAGAGAGGUAACAUGUCUAUAGUUAGGCAUCUACUAUCUUUGGACAAAAUCAACAUCAACAGGAGAGAUCACGACAACAUGACACCCGCCACGAUUGUAGCUAAAGCCGGACACUCUGAUCUUUAUCACCUUGUUGUGUCAGAGGGAGCUGAUGUGUUUCUUACUGAUGAGAUGGGCAGAGACUGUCUCAUGUAUGCAUGUGAGCUAGGUACCAUGUCUAUAGUGAGACACCUACUAUCUUUGGACAAAAUCAACGUCAACAGGAGAUAUCAUGACAACAUGACACCAGUCACGAUAGCAGCGAAAGCCGGACACUCUGAUGUUUAUCACCUUCUUGUGUCAGAGGGAGCUGACCUGUCACUUACUGAUGAUAUCGACAGAGACUGUCUGAUGCAUGCAUGUGAGGGAGGUACCAUGUCUAUAGUUAGACACCUACUAUCUUUGAAAACAAUCAACAUCAACAGGAGAGAUCAUAACAACAUGACACCAGUCAUUAUAGCAGUUGAAGCUGGACACUCUGAUGUUUAUCACCUUCUUGUAUCAGAGGGAGCUGAUCUGUCAAUUACAGAUAACCAGGGCAGAGACUGUCUGAUGUAUGCAUGUGAGGGAGGUAACAUGUUUACAUGGCUUUUAGGAACCUCAGAUAAGGUGUCUAUAGUUAGACACCUACUAUCUUUGGACAAAAUCAACAUCAACAGGAGAGAUCACGACAACAUGACACCAGUCACGAUAGCAGCAAAAGCCGGACACUCUGAUGUUUAUCACCUUCUUGUGUCAGAGGGGGCUGAUGUGUCACUUUCUGAUAACAGGGGUAGAGACUGUCUGAUGUAUGCAUGUGAGAGAGGUACCAUGUCUAUAGUUAGGCACCUACUAUCUUUGAAAACAAUCAACAUCAACAGGAGAGAUCACGACAACAUGACACCCGCCAUGAUAGCAGUUGAAGCCGGACACUCUGAUGUUUAUCACCUUCUUGUGUCAGUUUGAGCUGAUGUGUCGCUUAGUGAAAACAAGGGCAGAGACUGCCGAAAUGUAAUGUAUUGUACGAGAUGUUUUGAACAGGUAACUUUGUCUUCACAGACAAUAAUCUCCAAAGGAAUCGACAUUGAACGGUGAAAUUGAAAUUAUCAAUGUAUUCGUGUCUCAUAUUAAAUUAACUAAAAAUCUUAUAUAUUUUAUUAACAUGUAUGCAAUUGUUUGUGCACACUUCAGAAAUUGAGGAUCACAAUUCAACUGUAUUCUCUCUUUCAGAAAUGUCCAGACUAGGAAAUACUCAAAACACGAUUUUCAGUUUUCAUAUUUGUGUAAUAAGCCGUUUGUUGUGUCCGUCCGUACAUUUUGAUAAUGUAACUAUUUGUAGCCAGAGUUUACACAAUGAUGUGGACAAUUCCAGUAAUUCUCCAGUGAACCAAUCAUAAGUUGAAUGGCACCUACCCCAAACAAUUUGUCUAGAAUAUUCGGUGAUUUAGUGUAAGUCCUUCAUGUAUGUGAAAAGUGAGUGAGUGAGAAUGAUUCAUUAUUGCUUAACCUCACGUUUGUUCCAAUAUAUUUUAAGUGUUAUGUCUCUUUGAGAUCGUUGUAGGUUUAUUUGUAGUGAUUGUUGGAGGCAGGAAAAAACUGAAACGGUCGUGAAAUAUUGAGCGUUGUUACUGAGUGGCCAAUCUUCACCACAGGUGUGAUUUGGAGUUACCUCCCCUGUCAUAGAAGAUUUGAUCAUUCCAGAAGUUUUUUUAUGUGUCUGUUCGAAGAUGGUGGGCUGUAUAAGAGGGACAGGAUGGCGAUGUGAGGCUUUUAAUGAUCUGAAUGAUCUCUUUGCAAAGGGAGAGACAAGUUACCUAUCUGAACAGCUCAAAUACCUAACAGUUUCAAGGAACACUUCAUUUCCAGCAGCAGAGUAUGGGGAAGCCGUGGAGGCUGAGCAGGUUAGGCGGCUGACUUUGUGUGCUGGCCAUAAAGUGCCUGGCUCUGGGGGUGUGAGUUCGAAUCCCGGAUGGGACUGAA